AUGCCAGACAUUGUAAGAGUAGUAGUCAUGGGUGACGAAGGCGUCGGCAAAUCCGCUCUCAUUUUACGACUUUGCUUCGAUCACUUCCCCGGCACACACGAGGCGACAGCCGAUGAUAGCAUCCUCAAGACUACCGUUGUCGACGGCCAGGAAUGCGUCCUCGACGUCAUCGACACGGCAGGCCGACAGCAAUACGGAACUUUGAUCGAGCAAUGGAUCCGACAGGCGCAGGUAUUCGUCCUGGUCUUCGACGUUGCUUCCCGGAAAUCCUUUUCCCAUAUUAAAGAGUACUACGAUCAAGUCCGGGAGAUCAAACAGGCCAUAGGUGACGACUCUACGGUGGAGCCCGCGAUGUAUCCUGGUCCCCCGUAUUAUGCGCCCUUGAUCGUAGUCGGGAAUAAGAAUGAUCUAAAGCGUGAGCGGGCGGUUAAACAAACGGAGGGUGCUAGACUUGCUAGGAAAUUGGACGGCGAGUAUGUCGAGACUUCGGCAAGGAAUAAUGUUAAUGUUGAGGAGGCGUUUAAUAAGGCUGUUCGAAAGCUAAGGGUGCGCCAGGAUGAGAACGAGCGUUCGUGGCUUUCAAAAGAUGAAGGGGCUAAGAAGACGCCGAAGCGGUUUAGGCCAUUUCAUCGCAGGCAUCCUAGGAGCUGUAGGUGUGUUAUGUUUUGA